GUUUCUAACCUCACCUUUCAUUUAUUUCUGGUGUUACAAGUUACAAGAUGGUGGAAGUGAUAAAUUAAUAGAUUAAUAAGCAACAUUUAAUAUAUGAUUAGAUGUGAGAAUGCGCGUAAUAACUAGUUCUUAGUUUUUGUUUCUACUAACAUAUCCAGUAAAAGUUAUUUGCUACAUUUACGAACGGUAGUAGGAAGUAAGAAUUAUUUUAGUUUUCCUUACAGACCCUGUAGUAAGGUCUCUCCGAUUGUUUAUUAACAAAUAUAUUUUUUACUUAUUCCUUAAAAUGUCUUCACUGCUUUGUAAAAACUAUGUUGUCCGAGUAUACCAAGAGGUAAUAGAUGACGUUAUAGCUGGAGUGAGAGAACACUUUCUUGAAGACGGUGUAGAUGAACUAGUUCUUCAAGAGUUAAAACAAACAUGGGAAACGAAACUUAUGAGUACCAAAGCUGUGCAGGAAGAACCGGAGAAAAAGAAAAUUGAGCACCCUGCCAGCAAUGGAUAUCCAAAAGUAGUCAAUAAUCCAAUGCCACAAGCUACCAAUCAACAGACUGUACAACAACCAACUCAGCAAUUGCAACCGGCUAUUCAGCACCUUGAUAAACUAGUUCCAAUUCAAAUAACAUUACCCCCACAACCCGGUACGGAAGGAGGACAUAGUCGAAUACUCACCAUCCAAGUGCCGGGCUCCGCUUUACAAGGAAACCAACUACAAAAAAUCCUCACAGGCCCAGUCAUAACGGCCACUAUGGGUCUGCCGGCCAGUAUCGCCUCCUCUUUGCUACAGCAACAUGUUAACGCUGCUUUCAACAGUCAACAACAAGCAGCCACCGUGGCCAUUGUAAAUAAAAGUGUUUUACAGACUGAUGGAGCUGCGGACCAAGAAAGCGACAUUGAAAUGGAGAGCGGAAGUAUGUCUAGGACUGAUAGGGAUAAGGAGCUUGAAAGUAUGAUCGAGGAGGGCAUUAGCAUAGAGAUUAUUUUACCUAGAAGUAGGAAGAAAGCCAAAGCGAAUAAAAAAACAAAAAAGCCAGUGAUCAAUCAGGCCGAUGGACCAAACGAUACUUCAGACGAAGAUGAAGACGGGUCUGAUGAUGAUAACGAUGACGACGAUUUAGACGAUGACAAAGAUGAAGAUGAUCAAGAAAUGGAAGAUGAAGGAGGCGAAGAAGAACCGUUAAACUCAGAAGACGACGUUACCGACGACGAUCCUUCUGAUCUUUUCGAUACAGACAAUAUCGUUGUGUGCCAAUACGACAAAAUAAUAAGAAAUAGAAACAGAUGGAAAUUUUACCUGAAAGACGGCAUUAUGAAUCUCAAUGGAAUAGACUACGUCUUCCAAAAAGCGACUGGAGAUGCCGAGUGGUAGUUCCGAAACUAUGUUUACAGGACAAACAAACUAUGAUUCGUUUUUCGUAACAUGAGAACUGUAUAUAUACCCAAAUUUGUUUAUGUUAUGCUAUGAUUUUCAAAUAGACUCGUACAAUUUUUGCUGACUUUAUGUAACCUCUACAAAAGUUUUUUUGAAAAUUUCAGUGAAUUAAAAAACCAAGUAAUUAGUGCAUAAAUACAAUUUCA